CUCGUAUUUAAUCUGGCGCGUAUUGUCGAGUUUUCUUAGUUACAAUCCAGUCCAAUCAGAGCUUCAAUUCACGUUUGGAUUUUCCUUUGAUCCUGUGGUGGUCUUCAGUCCAUGUCGUAAUUCCAUUUUAGUGAGACGUUACAUUUCAUCAUACCUUGUUUAGUCACCAUCAAAUACGUUUGAAUUUUUUAAAUACAAAGGGUUGUAAUUACAAGGCUACUUUUAUAUACCCAUUAGAAAAGAAAUAUUUUUCUCGAGGCCACGUGGAUAUUUCCAGUAUAUUAAGUAAUACUCAUACUCAUACAUAUAUAUUUGUUUGAAGCCUAGAAGCCGGUAGACGGUUUUUUUUACGGCGUCGUUUUAAUCGUAGUGAAUGCCGAACGUUUGACAGUGGAUUAAUAAUGGCACCAAAUGUAACAGCAGCUCUAACAACUCUCUGUGAAGAGGAUUUAGCUAAAACUACAUCAUCAAAACCAGUGUAUAAACGAGAAAUUGUGUGGUUUAAUGUCGCGGUAUUUUCAUUGCUUCACAUUGGCGCACUUUAUGGUGCCUAUCUUAUGUUUUCAUCCGCUAAAUUAUUAACAACAUUUUAUGCAUUCGUUCUUUACAUGUGCAGUGGUAUUGGAAUAACAGCCGGAGCGCAUCGAUUAUGGUCACACCGUUCUUACAAAGCGAAACUACCACUGAAAAUAAUUCUCAUGAUUUUCAACACACUCGCUUUUCAAAAUAGUAUAUACGAGUGGUCCAGAGACCACAGAGUCCAUCACAAAUACAGUGAAACAGAUGCUGACCCUCAUAAUGCCACUCGCGGUUUCUUUUUCUCUCACGUCGGCUGGUUGUUGUGUAAAAAACACCCCGAUGUUAAAGAAAAAGGUAAAGGUAUUGACAUGAGUGAUCUUGAAGCUGAUCCAGUUGUUGCUUUCCAAAAGAAACAUUACAAAUUUUUGAUGCCACUCAUUUGCUUUAUUUUACCUGCGUUUGCUCCGGUCUAUUUCUGGGGAGAGUCCUGGAAUAAUUCAUACUUUGUUGCUGUUAUUCUUCGGUAUGUUUGGACAUUACACAUGACCUGGUUGGUAAAUUCUGCGGCUCAUUUCUUCGGUGGUAAACCAUAUGACAAGUACAUGAAUCCAUCUGAAAAUGUCAUGGUAGCAUGGGGAGCUUUGGGUGAAGGCUGGCACAAUUACCAUCACGUAUUUCCAUGGGACUACAAGGCGGCUGAGUUGGGAAAAUACUGGGGCAACAGCACAACUGCGUUCAUCGAUUUCUUUGCGUCAUUUGGAUGGGCUUAUGAUACUAAAGUCGUAUCCACGGAAUUGAUAAGACAGCGCGUUACAAGGACCGGUGAUGGCACUCAUCCUUUGUGGGGAUGGGGCGACAAAGAUCAAACUCCUGACGAAAGAGAUGCUGCUCUUAUAACAAAUCAUUUGCAUACACAAUAAAAUUCUCAGUUAUCUAAUUUAAUUUAUGAGAACAAUUUAAACUCAGGCAUUAGAAAAGAAAAAAACGAAAAAGAAGACGAAAAAGUUAAUAAAAAUGAGUAAAAAGUAUGAAUUAAAUAUAAGAAUGGGUUAAGACCAUUGAUGUACUUUUACAUUAAUCAUUAUUUUUUCUUUCUGUUUAA